AUGCGAAUGGCUAGACCCAAUCAACCAUAUAAUGUUAAAGUGUUAGACUACAGCUUUUUUAAAAAUUAUGAUGCAAUGUGUGACAUAACUUCAUUACGUCCAGGUAAAAAAACUGGAGAUAAGGUAGUUACAGAUUUGUGUCAAUUAAAAUACAGUCCAUCAUCUCAAAAUAUUCAAUAUAAAACCAACAUAAAUGAUGACUGGGAAAAUCUACCAAUAACAACUAAAAAUCAAGUAACUGCCAAUACAAAAAGUACUAGAUCAAAAACAGCUGCCACUACAAUUCAAGAAAAUGUUCAAAUAAAACAAUUGUCAGAUGUACCUUAUUUGUAUACAGCUCAAUUGCCAAUAACAAAGGCAAAAUAUGAUGAUUUGCAAUCUCUUAAACAGGUCAUAGAGAAAGAUCAUCACUCAUUCUAUGACAAUUUGAAAUAUUCAGAAUUUGGCAGAAAAACCAAAUAA